UUGACAACAGAUGCGCGUCUACUUGCGAAAGUUGAUAGUUUGUUAGAUUUUAUGCCUUCCAUGUAAAGAAACGGCCACGUGAGUAUCUCCUUAUUUACUUCAAAGAAUGUUUCACAAAUUUUGAGCAUCGUCGAAAUAAAUAGCCCAGAAACAUGUUCGGGAAACCUCGAUCGUCUCUACCGGUGGCCGGAAGAACUGGCAUUCCUGUUAAAAGAACUACACCAGCAACUCCAGCAGCGCGAUCGGCGACAUUGACUGCGAAUUCUAGCUUACCAGUACCUUCAAAGCCAAACGGAAGCAAAAAUUCUGGGUCGGAACUUCCUAACGACCCUAAACUUCUUGCUGAAAUGGUGUUAAACCUGCAAAAACAGGUACAAGAAAAAGACGAUGCUCUGAAGGGGAUCAGUGAAAAGUUGUCACGCAAGUCAGAAGAAUGCGAAAGCUUGAUGGAAGAGCGUGACAUGAUGAGGAGUAAAAAUUCCUUUGACUUGCAACAGGUUAGCGAGGACCAAGAUGCCCUUCAGGAAACACUGAAGAAAAAAGACAGAUACAUACAAGAAAUGGAGGCACGGCAUAGAGGAGAAACUUUGGAACUCAAAAGAGAAAUCGAAGAGCUGAACAGGGAAAAUGAAAUCGAGGUAGAAAUGUUAAAGAAAGAGAUGGAGGACUUAAAGCUGAGGGAGGAGCGUUGGAAAAGAGUCGCCGACUUAAAGAAAGAAUCUGAUUAGGACUCAAGUGACGUGGGAUCACGUGAUCAUUCACCUGAAGUCGAGGCUCUUAGGGAGCAGAUGGCUUCUUUACAGAGUAAC